GAAGUUCCUGCAGACCCAAUGUUGGCACAUAUCAGCACAGAAGACCCCGUGACGGAGGAGAGCCCCCUGCUGGCCAGUGAAUCCAGAGACAAGCCUGUGCUGUGCAGCAAGAAGAUCCCCCUGAUCCUGUGGGAUGAACCAGAAGUAAUGGCUCGGCAGCUCCUGGUUAUAGCAAGUGCCUGUUAUGUUCGUCUCCUCAUCGCUGGACAGCUACCGAAAGCCUAUGGCGCCGGCCACACUGGUGUCCUGGAUGUGCCUUGCCCAUGCCAGUUUAUUGAGAAUAGUAUACUGACCUCUGGCCGCUGUGUCACAUGCAUAUAG